AUGUUACCCACGCCCUCAACAUCCCACUGCAACUACUCCCACAUAUACGAGCCCUCCGAGGAUUCCUACCUUCUUCUGGACACUCUUGCCCUACCUCUCGAAAUUCUAUUCCUUUCAGCCCGCUUCCCGCCAGCAACGCAUACGCCAGUCGUGCUCGAAGUGGGCACGGGCUCUGGUGUCGUACUCGCAUUCGCCACGAAGAACGCCUCUAAAAUCUUUGGCCGCCCAGACAUCGCUUCCAUCGGAACAGACGUCAACAACUUCGCCUGCACAGCAGCUCGGCAAACUGUAGGUGAUGGGGGUGUGGAUGUUCUCCAAGGCGACCUUGCAACUCCACUGCGGAAAGGCGUGGUUGAUGUGUUGAUAUUCAACCCGCCAUAUGUUCCGACCGAAAGCUUGCCGAUCCCUCCCAAGGCAGAGCAGAGCGGAGAAUGGGAGAGGGAUUCCCACCUCCUGGCGCUUUCUUACGCUGGCGGCAUCGACGGAAUGGAAACCACGGAUCGUCUCCUGACCGAGCUACCGCACAUCCUAAGUGACCGAGGCGUAGCGUACAUCCUUCUCUGCGCGCAGAACAAGCCCGAAGCUGUUGUCUCCUCCAUCAGAGCCUGGGAGGGAGACGAAAACUGGCAGGCAGAACGGGUGUCUUCAAGCGGCAAACAAGCAGGCUGGGAGAAGCUUUGCGUGAUCCGAAUCUGGCGAUCUUGA